UCCUCUCUCCGUUCCUGCGCGAUGCUCCUGGCCGGGCAGGCCGGCCUCGGCGCUCUGUCUGCGGGCUGUGCGUGAGCGGCGUGUCGGUGCGUCAUGGUGCAGAAGUCCCGGAACGGCGGGGUUUUCCCCGGAGCGCAGGCCGACCAGAAGAAGCUGAAGGUCGGCUUUGUGGGUCUGGAGGCCGGGGGGACGGAGUCCAGCAGGGACGGAGCUCUGCUGAUAGCAGGGGGGGAGGAGGGGCCCCGGCGGCAGCGCAGCAGCGUUUCUGGGGGGAAAAAACCGCCGAAGCGUAACGCCCUCUACAGGCGACUGCAGAACUUCCUGUACAACGUGUUGGAGAGGCCGAGGGGCUGGGCCUUCAUCUACCAUGCAUAUGUUUUCCUGCUGGUUUUCUCCUGCCUGGUUCUGUCGGUGUUUUCCACCAUCAAAGAGUACGAGAAGAGCUCCGAGGACGCCCUGUACAUACUGGAAGUGGUGACCAUCGUAGUGUUUGGUGUGGAGUACAUGGUGAGGAUCUGGGCUGCAGGAUGUUGCUGCCGCUACCGAGGCUGGCGAGGACGCCUCAAAUUCGCCAGGAAGCCGUUCUGUGUCAUCGACAUCAUGGUGUUGAUAGCGUCCAUCUCGGUGUUGGCGGCAGGAACUCAGGGGAACGUUUUUGCGACCUCAGCGAUCCGGUCUCUUCGGUUCCUUCAGAUCCUCCGGAUGAUCCGGAUGGACCGUCGGGGUGGAACCUGGAAGCUGCUGGGAUCUGUGGUUUACGCCCACAGCAAGGAGCUGAUAACAGCAUGGUAUAUUGGUUUCCUGUGUCUGAUCCUGGCCAGUUUCCUGGUUUACCUGGCAGAGAAGGAAGACAAUGAACAGUUUGAGACGUAUGCUGAUGCACUGUGGUGGGGACUGAUCACCUUGACAACCAUUGGCUAUGGAGACAAGUUCCCCAUUACUUGGAAUGGAAGACUGCUGGCCGCCACCUUCACUCUGAUAGGCGUGUCCUUCUUUGCCCUUCCCGCUGGAAUCCUGGGUUCGGGUUUUGCUCUGAAGGUUCAGGAGCAGCACCGACAGAAACAUUUCGAGAAGAGACGGAACCCUGCAGCUGGGCUAAUACAGGCGGCCUGGAGGUUCUAUGCCACUAAUCUGAGUAGAACAGAUCUGUGUUCUACGUGGGAUUAUUAUGAAAGAACUGUCUCUGUUCCCAUGUACAGGUUGAUUCCUCCUCUCAACCAGUUGGAUUUACUGAGGAACCUGAAGAACAAGUCAGGACUCUCCUUCAGGAAGGACGUCCAGCCUGAACCCUCUCCCAGUCAGAAGGUCAGUCUGAAGGAGAGGGUCUUCUCAUCUCCCAGGAGUUCAGGGACCAAAGGAAAAGGCUCUCCUCAGCAAGUGGGUCCUGGUCCAGGAGGUCCUGGGGUUCCUGGGGGCCCGGGGGGGCCGGGGGGCCCGGGGGGGGUCCAGGCCCUGCGACGCUCACCCAGCGGCGAGCCCAGUCUGGAGGAAAGUCCCAGUAAAGUCCCGAAGAGCUGGAGCUUCGGAGAACGUAGCAGAACCAGACAGGCCUUCAAGAUCAGAGGAGCCGCUUCCCGCCAGAACUCUGAAGUGCUGAUAGAGAUGCAGGACGAAGAGUUCAGACAGAAGAGCUCUCCAGAAGCGAGCCUGCCAGGAGAAGAUAUGGUGGAUGAUAACAAGAGUUGCCACUGUGAGUUUGUCCCACAGGAUCUGACCCCGGGGUUAAAGGUCACCAUCAGAGCCAUCUGUAUCAUGCGUUUCAUGGUGUCUAAGAGGAAGUUUAAGGAGAGUCUACGCCCAUAUGAUGUGAUGGAUGUGAUCGAGCAGUAUUCAGCCGGACACCUGGACAUGCUCGCCCGCAUCAAGAACCUGCAGUCCAGAGUGGAUCAGAUUGUUGGCAGGGGAACACCAAUUGCAGACAAGGACCGUCCAAAAGGAGCCAAUGAGGAGCUUCCUGAAGACCCGAGCAUGAUGGGACGGCUGGGGAAGGUGGAGAAGCAGGUGCUGUCAAUGGAGCGGAAGUUAGAUUUCCUAGUCAACAUUUACAUCCAGCGAAUGGGCAUCCCCCAGGCUGAGACUGAUGCCUACUUUGGUUCUAAGGAGCCUGACCCCGCCCCGCCCUACCACAGUCCUGUAGAUCAUCUGCAGAAGAGCCAGUCCAUCUCCAAGAUCCUCCAGUCGUGUCCUGGUGAACAUUUGGAGAAGAGUCGUUCCAUCACCAAGAUGGUCAGGUCCAACAGCUCCACUGGACACAGGAACUACGAGCCCCCCACCUGUCCUCCCUCCACCUCUUGGCAGCCAAUCAGCUCUCAGCUCCACCAGCAAGCUCCACCCCUUCCCCAGCGUAGCCAUGGCAACACACCAAGUCCAGUGGGUGACGGGUCGCUGGUUCGACUCCCACCUCCUCCUGCAGGAGAGAGACACAGCGGGGCCAGAGGUCACCGCCACAGCGCCGCAGAGAGAGGAGGGGAUGGAGCUAACGGGAUGGCGGGAGGGGAAGGGGUGAAGCUGGACAGCGACACAUCCAUCUCCAUCCCGUCUGUGGACCAUGAGGAGCUGGAGCACUCCUUCAGUGGCUUCUCCAUCUCUCAGUCCAGGGAGAACUUGGAUUUCCUCAACAAUGGCUUCUACUCCUCCUCCAACUUGGGAGGAGACCACUGUGGAGGAGGUGACCACAGAGGGGGAGGAGCCACCUGCUGUGCCACCGUCCAGUCCUACAUUGCUGAGGGGGAGUCGGACUCCGACUCAGAGCUCUGCGCUCCGUCGCCACACUCUGACCGGGCCUGGAGUGGAAACAACUAGAACCAGUCAGAGACCAGAGGGUCAGACCCACCUGAAGAGAUGAGAUGUUAGUGAAAGAGAGAAAACAUAAAGCAGAAGUAGUUCCAGUCUAUGGGACAUAACAGAGAUAAAGAUAUGAAACACCAGCUUGACAGACACUUGUCCAAUUAAAUGGACCGGCUCCAAAAAAGAUUAUUAUGAGAAUUUUUUAUUUUCUUCCUGUGAAUGUUUUAACCUCUAAAUCAAAUAUUUGUUUUCCCUGUCACUGAUUGGUUAAUUUGUGGGGCAUUGUCACACACAGUUGGUUGGCUUGCCAAGUAGUAAUUGUUUCCCUGUAGACGUUAUUGUCAUCUUGAAAGAAACAUUACAAUCAGUAUUAUCAGCAUAGCUUUUGAUUUACUCAAAACACAUAAUACACACACACACACACACACACACACACACACACACACACACACACACAGUACAGUUGCUGUUGUGUUAUCUCAUCUCUCUGAACACAAUUUAGUCCAGAGCUGCUUGCAAUAAUGACAGACCAUUAUUUGGACCUUUGGGAUUUUAGAAUUUUUCUCCACAGGACACUCAUUUUUUGUGGUGAAAAAAAAAUGCUGCAUGAGCAUGAACAGACCAGUUAAUUAAGUACAUAUCAGCAUUUAUUAUUGAGGACAAUGGAAGCAAGAAAUUUGAUCCAUUGGUAUCAGUGAGAAAUGCGAAGAGUUGGCCAACUAACAAGGCAACUCUAUCCUGCUGGUUUCCUGUUAAAACCAGUUCAUCACAGGGCAAUGGAGCGUUAGUUGGCAGCUCUGGACAGACUGUACAUAAAAUGUUAUUCUAUAUACUGUAUCUCAUUCUAGCUCCUCCUUUCCUAUUAUUACUACAUAUCCAUCACAGUAGCAAGUCUGCUUAUUUAUUUGGUAUUGUGUUUAACUGUCAUUUUAUACAUUUAUGUGCUUUUUUAUUUAAUUAUAUUCAAUACUUUUAUUUUGUUAUUUUGUAUUACUUUUAGUUGUUUCCACGGGGACUAUGUAAUGAAUCAGCAGCCACAUUUCAACAUUUCAUUAUUUUUUUGUUUAAUCUUAAACUUCAAGUUGGCAUUGUUAGCUAACCCUAACCUUAAGCUAAAACACAAAUUUUAAUCUUUCCUUCCACAUUAGUAAGUGUAAUAUAAGGCAAAAAUUAUGUUUCUGGUUACAUGAACCAGACUAGUGCACUUCUCUCCAUCAUGACGGUCUGCAGUUUGUGUUGGACCUGCAGCUGUGAACUCAGAUUUCCAUUGGACAGCAGCAGGAUGAUACAGCCACUAGGUGGCUGAGUGCUGCUCACCACAUUAGCAUCAAUCAGCAGCCAACAACACUCACCAAAGCACUAACACAAAACACACAACAUGCUAACACAACACAUCAACAUGUCUUUAACAUGUGUUGAACAUGAUGUAAUCCACCCCACAGCUGCCUUCUUCUUUAUGCAUUUCAUUGCAUCCAAAGAUGGGACUGUAUCAAAGGCCUUGGAUGUCUCUGUGCUGCCUGACCCGAUAGUUGCUAGACAGCUGAAAAGUCCUAGUUGAGUCACUGUUUUCUAAAAUGUGACCACAGGCCCGUUUUACACCUGGUAUUAACAUGCAUCUCCAGUGCUGAGAUCUGACAGUGUUCUUGAAUGUGGAUUGGAGUUUGUGUUCAGUGUGGUCAUGAUUCAUCUCUAAUCACCUCCAGAGUAGAGUUGCCAAAGUGAGCUUAAGAAUUACAGAGAAUUUCAGAAGUUUGAGAACUUAUUUUCAAGUGGUCAUAAUGUGUCCCUGACUGUCCUGUUAGGUUCUUGUUCAAAUUGGGAACUGUUCUCCAGCUUGUAUUUCCAUGAGGUCAAGUGGUACGCAGUCACCAUCCAUUCACUCAAGAUGCAGGUUAAUGACAGGUGAAGGGGUCUGUGGUCGUUGGUGAUGACACAGCUGAUUGGCAGGUAUGCCCUGUGUACCUGCUGGUAUCAUCAGCUACACUGCUGUUGUAUGAUGUCACGUCUUCCUGUUGACCAGCACAGACGUUCUCUCUGAGUGAAUGUAGAUCAGGAAUGUUGUUCCAUUCUGCUGUUAAUUUGACAGAUGCCAAACCUCUCCAGCUGCCUGGAAUCAUAACUCUAACUUCUGUCUACAUUUUACAUCCAUGGCUUUGCCUUGCACCACUGGUGGUGUGGCCAUGUUUGUGGUUGGUCUGCAUAGCAACCUGUGUUGACACACCACUGAAAGAAGUUUGGCCUGUUAGCUGAUUGGUUGGGCCAGGUAAUGUCAGAGCCAUACACAGAACCAAUGAAGGGCUUUUUAGACCGGAGACAAAACAUCACAAGAGCCGCCGCACCCUGAGUGAAGAAAUAAAGGUCAAGUGGGUCCACAGGAUGUAAACAUAGUAAUGACCAUGGUGCAUCAAUAGAACAGCAAAUUUAGUCAAAUGCUUUGUUAUAAGCUGUUACAAAUUAGCUUAAGCAAACAUUGUAGCCAUCUGUGGUUUCAUGUGUAGUCAGCAUAGAGGAGGUAUGAUGUCAUCAUUUUAGUUUUGUUAUAUGAGGACGAUGAGUACAUGCUAUAUUGGCUGAUGGGUCUGAGUGAGGUUAAUUUCAUAAUUUAGCAUAACGCCAAUAAAACUUUAGAAGAAGUCAACUCUGGCCAAGGCAGGCAGAUGUAUGUGAGAUUUAACCAUUGAUACAACUUUUUUUUAUGGUAAUGAGCCUGCGCCGCACUCUGCCUGUCCACAUCUAUUACCCUGCAUUGUUUUUCCACCCACCAGGCCAGGUGAUUUUUGUCCUCCAUGUAAAAAGCCCUUUAGUACUGGAUGUUCCUGAGCCAUACACACCCUGCAGGACUCUAGAUUGUUCUGUGAUCUCUUCUAGAACAAAGUGGCAUUGGCUGUAUAUGACUUACUAUAGCAACAACCAUGGAGGCAGACCUCAAUGCCAACAUGGCAGCCAGUGGAAAUUUGUAAGCAAAGGUGUUUCACAGUGGUUGUGUGGUGCCUCCAUCUUCAGCUUUAUGAAACUGUUUACAUUUAUGAUUGUUUUCUCAUGUGUUUCUGCAUGUUUCAGGGCCGUGUCGGUCUGCCUGUAUCUAGCAUUGACUGAUAACCAUGUAGCCACUCUGACACUCAGUAAUAAAAAUUUAUAUA